CGUCGUAUUUCGAAAAUCCAGUCACACGCAAACUACAUAUAGAACAACAUAUCAGUUCUCGUAAAUAAGUUUUUCUACUUUUCCGAAAAGGUGAAUCCAUAGAUGAAAUUCGUCUAACAUGGCCGAGGAGAGUGGAGUGUUUGGUGCCUUUUUGAUAUUUGGCCUAAUUGUGGUUGGCUAUAUAUUUUGUCACUGCUAUCAGAAGUUGAGGCAAGCUGUGUGCGGCGGGGAGAAAAAACCCAAACAGGAGCAGGCUCCGCCGCCAGAGUUGCCACCGUUUCCGUUUAGCCGGAUGACAGCCAAUCAAUUGCUCGAUUACGAUGGCACCCGUCGAGAUGGACGAAUUCUAAUUGCGUUCAAGGGCAAGAUUUAUGAUGUCUCGACGGGCUUGGAAGAGUUCAGUCCGCAGGGCGUGUUGGGCUGUGUGGCCGGCAAGAAUUUCUCCGAGUACCUGGAGCGGACUCUACAGCCGCGCGAGACGAUCGUCGAUUAUAUAACUCGCUGGGACUCGCUGCUCGAUAAAAAUUAUCCAUUGGUUGGGAUACUAGUCGAGGAGGAGGACGUACAAGAAAAGGUGGUUAAAUCUGAGCAGGACGUCAUGCAGCAGCAUCUGGAGGAUGUUGAUAAAGGUGCUAAUGAUAAUAACAAUAAUGAUAAUGAUGAUGAUGAUGAUGACAAUGUCAAUGACAAUGAUAUCAUUGGUAAUGGUAAUGACCAUGGUCAUAUGGAUGAUACAUUCCUCGAUAGCUCCGAUGUGCAAUUGAUCGAAUCCACUUUUGAAGAUGACGAUGCUAGCAAUUCAGUAAUUGAUAUUAAGGUCGGCAAAAUGCAAGUGGAGGAUGUGCCUGCCGAGGCCAAGAUACAGGAUACACCUGAGACGCCACUCAACGCGGCCAUUUCAGAAAAAUCUUGUUAAAUGUUAUUCUAUUUUAAUGUUUGUGUUGCGUUCCUUAUUGUUUCCUUGAGUUAAUAAACUGGGCGUUGCUAAGGGUUGUAAAGCGA